GAUUCAUCUCUCUCUCUCUCUCAAUGCUUUAUCUUAAUGACCAAAUUAAUAUCUCUUAAAUUCCCAUUUGCGCUAAAAUCAUAACGGAGAGAGGAGAAUGAAAGGGCCAGCUCGCACCUAAUAAGCUCAGGUUAAGAAAUUUGAUCCCUCUCUCUUUCUUUCUCUUUCUCUCUCAUCCUGCCAUGGAUGACCAUCGACCCACCUGCGAUUCCGUCCACCUUUCCGCGUGAAAAAUGAUCCAGUCUCCCCAGAAGAAGAAACCAGGACGACCCAGAUGCUCGUUUUCUCUCAUUUGCCAUCCUUUGGAUCCUCAAUCCGAUGUCUCUAACUCUGCUUCCCUCGUUUCUUCUCUCUGCGAGAGGGGAGCCUCGGGCCUAGAUCUUCCUCGCCUGCUGGAAGAAGACAAUGCAGGUCCAUAUCUCUCCUAGCAUGAGAAGCAUCACAAUUUCGACUAGCAAUGGCCUGCUCGACUUUAUGAAGAUCAAGGUCGCCGCCCGCCACAUCUCUUCUCGGACCCUCUUCCAUACCAUGCUCAUUCUUGCCUUCCUCCUGCCCUUCAUCUUCAUACUGACCGCUGUCGUCACCCUCGAAGGCGUCAACAAGUGCUCGUCCUUGGACUGUUUAGGCAGGCGAUUGGGACCACGGUUUCUUGGAAGAGCGGAUGACUCAAUGAGGCUUGUUGGGGAAUUACAUAAGCUCUUCAAUGAGGUGAUUGCAGAGCAAGUUCCUGAUGAGCUAGUAAUUCCAGCAUCAUUUGGUGAACUUGUUACAGAGUUAAGGAGCAAGCAGUGUGAUGCCAAGACAGUUGCCAUCAAGUUAAAGGGCAUGGUGGAGCAUCUAGAGAAGGAGGUCAAGUUGGCAAAAUUGCAAGAGUCCCUCUACAAGCAUUAUGCGGCUACUUCUAUCCCAAAGAGCCUUCAAUGUCUUACUCUUCGUUUGACCGAUGAAUAUUCAUCCAAUGCUCAUGCUCGAAAGCAACUUCCAUCUCCUGAACUGCUACAUUCACUUUCUGACAACUCCUAUCACCAUUUUGUUCUUGCCACUGAUAACGUUCUUGCAGCUUCAGUUGUUGUCUCUUCAACUAUCAGGGCAUCCCAAAAGCCAGAGAAGAUUGUCUUUCAUUUGAUCACUGACAAAAAAACCUAUGCAGCCAUGCACUCGUGGUUUGCUCUCAAUCCUCUUCCUCCUGCUAUAAUUGAAGUAAAAGGCACUCAUCAAAUUGACUGGUUGAGCAAAGAUAAUAUACCUGUCCUUGAAGCAGUUGAAAGACAUCAUGGGAUCAGAGAGUACUAUCAUGGGAGACACACCGUUGAAACCAAUCUAGGUGACAAUCCUAGGGUGGUUUCUGCAAAGUUGCGGUCCAGGAGCCCAAAAUAUGUAUUGAUGCUCAACCAUCUCCGUAUAUAUCUCCCUGAGCUUUUCCCAAGUCUUGACAAGGUGGUAUUCUUAGAUGAUGAUGUUGUUGUCCAGAAGGACUUGGCACCAUUGUGGGAUAUUGACCUAAAAGGUAAGGUCAAUGGAGCUGUCGAAACUUGCAGAGGUGAAGACAGCUGGGUUAUGUCAAAGCGGUUCAAAAACUAUUUCAAUUUCUCUCAUCCCCUUCUUGCCUCAACUUUGGAUCCUGAGGAAUGUGCAUGGGCAUAUGGGAUGAAUAUAUUUGACUUGCGUGCUUGGAGGAAAACAGGCAUUACGGAAGUAUAUCAUCAAUGGGUUAAGGAGAACCUGGAACAGAGCUUGACUCUGUGGCGGCUUGGAACAUUACCACCUGCACUAAUUGCCUUCAGUGGCCAUGUUCACCCCAUUGAUUCUUCUUGGCACAUGCUUGGAUUGGGUUAUCAACCUGCGACUGACGUUGGUGCUGUGAAGAAGGCUGCUGUAAUUCACUACAAUGGUGAUUUAAAGCCAUGGUUGGACAUUGGGUUCAAGGAACUGCGGCCAUUUUGGUCUAAGCAUGUGAACUACUCCAAUGACUUCAUUAGACACUGUAACAUUAUUGAAGCAUAGCAGUUUCACCAGCGAUGGAUUUCUGCUGACCUUUCAAUACAUGUGCCUGAGAUGCAUUCUUUCUGUGAAGCAAGCUGAUGCUGUGAAGCUGGAUAGAGCACCCUAUGCAAGCCACCAUUGUUCGUUCUUGGCACGAUAUAUUCUUUACCAUCAGCAACAUAUCAAUUUAUUCUCCAAGGCUGAUUUUGCAAAAUUCGUUCAGAGUAUAGAUUCUUUUCCUUAUUUCUUCGACAGAAGAUCGGCCAGAGAACUCUGGAUCCGCAUGUCCAAAAUGGUACAUUGAUGCUAGCUCUCAAAGUGAGAUGCGUUUGUAGAAAGUGCGAUGCUCGAAGAUGCAAUGCAAGCCCAGGCCGCACGUGUGUAGGAUGUCAUAAUCUUUUCUCCGCCCCUAUUUUUCUGCUUAAUUUUCAUUGCACUCUUUGUAUCCAUCAACACUUUUAGGGGGUCGUGGGGUUUGCUUCUGUUACAAGUCCCAUUGAUGAAUAUAGGAAAUUUUGAGUAUUUUUUCAUAACUGAUUGGAUUGGAAACGUGCGGUUAAUUCUUUCUGAUUUUCA